CUUUUAUUACAAAAUCAUUUUCUUUUUUAUUUAUUAUUUCCAUUUUUUUCUUUGUUUUCCUGCAUUAUUAUUCAUUGAUGAUGAUGAUUCGCUUCUUUGCUCCUCCUCAAUUCUGAGCUUUGAAGAUCCACCAAUGUCGAUAACUCUUAGUGCCCUUAUGAUUCUAGCUUAAUUUUUUUAUUAAUUGUUUUUUUAUUUUGAUUUUUUUGUUCCUUUGCCAACUUCCUUCCCAUUUGAGAAAUACUAAAAACUUCGACUGCGUUCACUUGAUUGGUUAUGAUUUGGGGCUUUGUUUCGAUGAAUUUGAUGUAGAAUCCUUAAAUUGUAGCUCUGAUCAAGGAAUAAGAGUUAAAGGGUUUUUUUUUUUUUUGUUUGGCUUUGGAGGUAAUUUUGGUUUGAAGGAAGAAGCUGGAGUUGGGAUUAUUGGAAUUUUUUAGCGGUGAAGUGUAUCUCUUUUUGUGCUGUUUGAAUUUUCCUGAGCAUUUUGAUUGGGGUUCACUAGUUUGAGCGUUUGCAUGGGUGAAGUAUAGGACUGGGUCCUCCGCUGUUCCGUGGAGGAUCCGAGGAUUUCUUUUCCCUUCCUUGUUCAGAAGUUUUUUUUGGGUUCUUUAAGCUGGGCGGUGUAAUGUUUGCUGAGUUUCUGGUAAAGUAAGGGUUUUUGAAUAUUUUCCGUUCCGGUGGGGAGGUUAGUUUUUAAUACCAGGGGGUUUUAGAACAGGGAUUUUUUUGGCUGGUUGAAGAUGUUUGGAGCAAGUGGGCAGAAUAAUAGCAGUAGAGGUGGAGGUGAAGCAACUGUGGUUCCAACCCGUUUUGUCUGGCCUCAUGGCGGGAGAAGGGUUUUCGUUUGUGGCUCUUUCACCAGGUGGACGGAUCACAUUCCCAUGUCACCAAUGGAAGGUUGCCCCACUGUAUUUCAGGUUCUCUACAACUUGACGCCUGGGUACCAUCAGUAUAAGUUCUUUGUUGAUGGGGAAUGGCGUCAUGAUGAGCACCAACCAUUUGUAAAUGGAAACUAUGGAGUUGUGAAUACUAUUUUCUUGCCCAGAGAAUCUGAUGUUCCUGCAUUUUUUAGCCCUGAGAUACCCGGUAGAUCUAACAUGGAUGUGGAUAAUGAUGCGUUUGUUCCUCUGGAAGCAGUUCCGAGUAUAUCGCUAGAUGACAUUGAUGUAUCUCGGCAUAGGAUCUCUACAUUCUUGUCAAUGCACACUGCUUAUGAAUUACUUCCUGAAUCUGGCAAGGUCAUUGCUCUGGAUGUCAAUCUGCCAGUGAGGCAGUCAUUUCAUAUUCUACAUGAGCAGGGAAUUUCCAUUGCUCCUCUGUGGGACUCUCGCAGUGGUCGGUUUGUUGGUGUUCUUAGUGCGCUUGACUUCAUCAUGAUUCUUCGGGAGCUUGGGAGUCGUGGAUUUUAUCUAACAGAGGAGGAACUCGAGACGCACUCUAUAUUAGCUUGGAAGGAGGAAAAGAUGAAUAUUGCCAAUCAAAUUGAUGGAAUUUUAAGACCCUAUCAGAGACGCCUCAUUCAUGCUGGGCCUUAUGAUUCUUUGAGAGAUGUGGCCAUCAAGCUUUUGCAAAACAAAAUUUCAACAGUGCCUAUAAUUCACUCUACUUCACAGGAUGGCUCAUUUCCUCAACUCCUUCACAUGGCUUCUCUAUCUGGAAUACUAAAAUGUAUUUGCCGGAAUUUUAAACAUUCUUCUGGUUCAUUGCCCAUUCUUCAGCAACCAAUUUGUUCACUUCCUUUGGGAACUUGGGUGCCUAAAAUUGGCGAUUCAAAUGGAAAACCAUUAGCAAUGCUGAGACCGAAUGCCUCACUUAAUGCAGCCUUGUCUCUGUUGGUUCAAGCGGGUGUUAGUUCAAUACCUAUAGUUGAUGAUAAUGACUCGUUGCAGGAUAUAUAUUGCCGGAGCGAUAUCACUGCUUUGGCAAAAGACAGAGCGUAUACACGGGUUCAUCUUGAUGAAUUGAGCAUCCGUCAGGCUUUGCAGCUGGGCCAAGAUCCAAAUGGUUCAUAUGGAAUAAUCAAUGGACAGAGAUGCCAAAUGUGUUUGCGUUCUGAUCCCUUGCAUAAAGUGAUGGAGCGGCUGGCAGUUCCUGGGGUUAGGAGACUUGUAAUAGUGGAGGCUGGUAGCAAGCGUGUGGAGGGCAUUAUAACAUUGAGUGAUGUGUUAAAGUUCUUGCUGGGUUAGCUGAAUCAGCUGAGGCAAAUAUAUUGAAAAAUUCAUUGAAAGGGGUCCCUUGUAAUGGCUCUGGUGAUGUCUUUUUUUUUUUUUUUUUGUCUUCCCUAGUUAGAUAGUUCGUGUAGCAUUUUCGCUAUACUUCGAUGUUCCUUGAUGCGUCUGCAUUUUGUAUGUUCUUCGCGUCUCAUUAGGUCUGCUCAAAGCUUUGAGCCCCUGAGUGUGAUAGGAUACAGAGCCAGCAGAGAUGAAACGGAAUAGACUGUUUCUGUAAAUUGAGAGGACUCCAAUUUUCUUUUUAAUCGUUAUGAUCUAAUUAUUCUUCGCGUUUAAUCAUCUCCUUAUAUUUAAUAGAAAAUUAGCAAAGGCUAAGUGGGUG